AUGUUCUUCUAAAUUUUAUUGUGCGCAUCAUUAAUAGAAAUGAUAAAGGGAUAAUGUUCAUCAGGUUGUGAAUGUUGUAUGAAGGUUGAUGAGGAUUACAAAUGUGAAGAUAUAAAAUAUUGUUUGCGAAUUUUAUGGAUUUGGUUUGCAGUUUGGCUAAUCAUAACUAUCGGAUAUAUAAUAAUAUAUUCUAAGAAACGAAAAGGUACUAAAGUUAGAAUGGAUAGAAUAGUAGAAUUUUCAUCAACAGCUUUGAGACAAUGGCUAAUUUUAUGUAAAAAUAAUAAUAUUAUAAAGCUAAUGAAAAUAAUACUAAAUCUAGAACUUCAUCAAUUUCUACAUCAUGA